UGAAUAAUCCCGGCUCCUCCUGCUCGUUUUAUCUCUUCCCGCCCCCUUUAUGUCCCAAAAUACAGAGGCGAAGCGGCGGGGAAGGAGCUGCGCCUGCCGGACUCUGGGGAGGCUCACCUCUCUGCGGGACGGGAUGUGCUCCAUGGCGCUGGCCGGCUCCGCUUCUCCUUCCUGCAACAGCGAACGUCUGGAGGCAGCAGGAUCGUCGGGCAGAUAGAGGUUCAGUUUGAAGAGAAGCAGCAGGUCCGAUGGAGGAGGACGCGGUGAGCCUGGCGCUGGCCGGGUUCAGGGCCACCCUGGACGCCGCCAUCAGGGAGGUCCACGUGGACGUCAGCGCCUUCAAGCAGCAGGUGGAGCACCGGAUGGACGAGCUGCGGGCGUCCAGCCGGCCACUGAGCGACGCCGUGGCCCGGCUGCAGGAGGAGAACCUGCAGCUGCGUGCCCGGCUGGACGCCCUGAGCCGCACUGUAUGGGAGCUGGCCGGGGCCCGCGGCCCGGAGAACGGCCUCGAUGAGGCCGGGCCGCCGGACUGGGCCGCACCAGAACCUGGCUGGGGCAGAUCUGGACAUGCUGAGACGCCCGGAACGGGCAGCGACAACCCGGGUCCGGCUCCCUGGAGAAUGAAGAGACACACAGACACAAACGGCACGAACGCUAAAGGAGGCAGGAGUAACUGUGUAGAAUCCGCGGCUGACCAGGAGAAAGAGACUGAAGCAGGCGUUGCGUCCGAAAGCUGCGACGAAGCCACGCCCCUUUCUCACCUGGCCUCAGAAGCCCUCAGCUCACCUGGUCAGUUCGUGUUUCUUCAUCCUCCUGCUGCAGACCAGGAAGAGUCGUGUCCGUUGACCAAACCGCAUCUUCCUCUCACUGCAAUGACAAAAACCAACUCAGACGCUCCAGUGAGCACGUCGUCUCCCACUGCUGCGGUCAAAACCAGCAAGAAAUCCCAGUCCGAACCAGUGCAGUCCACUGUAAUCAGCGACUCUUAUGAGCCGCACCCCCACCUGCCUGUCACAGCCAUGACCACCAAACCCGGCCUGGAGGGAUUCCUCGGUGCCAAACCCAUUUACUCUCCAGCUUCGGGCCGGAAAGCCGCGGCGGAUCAUUCAUUUAUCAGAGGCGCUCCAGUGAUGGAUCCAAUCUCCCAGAAUCCCCAGGAUCAGUCCGAGGCUUUGUCCCAUCUACCCAUCGCUGCUGCCUCCAGAAUCCCGUCAGACGUUUCCGCAGCGCCUAAAUCUGAUCAGACGGCUGCGUCUCGCCUCAAUCCUACAGCGCAGGAAACGCCAGCGGCGCCGAAGCAAACGGAUCAUCCAGUCAGACGCGACGUUAACGAACCCAAACACCACCUGCCGCUUUCCGCCAUGACCAAGCCGAACACAGAGUCGGCCAUUUCUGCUCCGUCUCAGUCUCUCUCAGCAUCCCUGGACCUCACAGUGAAACCAGGGGAUUAUCCCUUUAAACGAGGCGAGUUUGGCUCCAGCCAGCAAAACAUUUCAGCGCCGAUUCUGAAGACGCCCAGUCCCAGUUUAAAACGGAGCGUGAGUUUUCCUCAGCCUGCAGAAAAACUACUUCCCUCCAAAUCCUUCAUGAAGUCCGGACUCUCACCCAAACUGGACCCGUCGAACAAGUCUGGAGGCAUUGAGUUUAAACCAGAGUUGAUGAAAUCCCAAACCCUUCCGCGCUCCAACGGCGCCCAAGCCAAACGGGCCCUGUUUGAGCGGAUGAACUCUGACCCCAUAAAGCCGAAGGACUCCAAGCCCAAACUGAAGCGCUCCCAGAGCUUCGGCGUGUCGAGCGCCAGCGGGAUAAAGCAGAUCCUUCUGGAGUGGUGUCGCUCCAAAACCAUCGGCUACAAGAACAUAGACAUCCAGAACUUUUCCUCCAGCUGGAGCGACGGCAUGGCUUUCUGCGCUCUGGUCCACUCUUUCUUCCCGUUGGAGUUCGACUACAACGCUCUGAAUCCGGCGAACCGCAGACAGAACCUGCAGACAGCGUUCACUAUAGCGGAGCAGCAGGCGGACUGUCUGCGGCUGAUCGAGGUGGACGACAUGCUGGACAUGGGGGACAAGCCGGACCCCAUGUGUGUGUUCACCUACGUCCAGUCGCUCUACAACCACCUGAAGAAGUUUGAGUAGCUCUGGCUGCUUUCGCGCAGAGUGAGUGUGUUCACCAGCUGACUGAGUGUGUGUGUGUGUGUGUGUGUGUGUGUGUGUGUGUGUGUGUGUGUGUGUGUGUGUGUGUGUGUGUGUGUGUGUGUGUGUGUGUGUAGCGGGUCCAGCGAUCUGAAGAUGAAUACCGGAUGGGAGAGAGGACGUCGCCAUCUGCUGGUGGAGCAAAGGAACAGUGCCCACCUGUUGUAGUUGAAAUCAGUUGGUUAAUUUAACGAACUCUGGUUUGAAGUUGGUUAACUUAACGAACUCUGGUUUGAAGUUGGUUAACUUAACGAACUCUGGUUUGAAGUUGGUUAACUUAACGAACUCUGGUUUGAAGUGUUUCACUGAGGCUGGAAAGUCAAGGUGGUUGCCAUGGUUACCCACCAGUCUGGAAAAGGGUUGAGAAUGAGAAGAGUUUUCCUGUUUCCCAAUGUAUAAUUGUUGUUUCCUUCCUUCCUUCCUUCUUUGCAUGCUUCUUUCCACCAUUUCUUCCUUCUGUUUCCUUCCUUUCUUCCUUCUAUCCUUCCCUUUGUUGUCUUUUUUCCUUCUUUGUGUACUUCACUCACUUCCUUCCUUCUUUCUUUUCUUCCUGUUUCCUUUGUCUCCUGUCGUUGUGUCCUCUCCUCCUUCUAUCUCUCCUACCGUGUGUUUUUCCUUCCUGUUCCCUGCUGUAGAAAUAUCUGCCAUAGAUUAACUCUGAAGUUUCUUUAUUUUAUAUUUUAGAAAGAAGGUUAAGAAAUGGGAACUCUGGAAAAGUCUGGAACUUUUACAUGGAAAUGUGUAGCUGCCUGGGUUUUAAUCUAAUUAAAGUCUGUGUACUUUGAAAAGACAUAAAAUAAACAGAAAACACAUAAAAUCA